AUGGAACCAUUGAAGAAAAACCACACCUUAAGCUCUGAAUUUAUUCUCUUAGGCUUUGGGGACCUGGCUGAACUACAGAUUCUCUUUUUUGGACUCUUUCUAAUUAUGCAUCUCAUCACCCUAGCAGGCCAUACAACUAUUGUGCUCAUCACCCUCAUUGAUACCUGCCUUCAGACACCCAUGUAUUUCUUCCUUAGGAACCUAUCUGCUAUUGAAAUUUGCUACAUAUUAGUUAUUGUCCCUAAUAUGCUGGCCAAUUUCAUGUCCAAAAACCAGCGAAUGCCAGUCCUUGGAUGUGCUCUACAAAUGCACCUCUUCAUUGCCCUGGGUGGAGCAGAGUGUUUCCUCCUUGCUGCAAUGGCCUAUGACCGUUUUGUGGCCAUCUGCAACCCCCUGCGUUACACACUCAUUAUCACCAGGGCACUCUGUCUACAGAUGUUGGCUCUGGCAUGCAUCAGCGGUUUUACACUUUCACUUACCCUUACCACGCUGAUAUUCCUCCUGCCCUUCUGUCAGUCCCAUGUCAUCAACCAUUUCUUCUGUGACAUUCCUGCUGUUCUAUUCUUAGCCUGCUCUGACACACGGGCCAAUGAGAUUGCAGUGUUCCUUGUCUGCAUGCUGAUUCUGUUGAUACCCUUCUUGUUGAUCCUGUUUUCCUAUGGAUUCAUUAUUGCUGCCAUUCUCAGAAUUCAUUCAGCAGAAGGUAGGAGCAAAGCUUUCUCCACCUGUGCUGGCCACCUGUUGGUCUCUAUUAUGCACUAUGGCUGUGCAAUAUUCAUCUACAUUCGUCCCAAGUCCUGUUACACCCCGGAACAGGACAAAAUUGUAUCCUUAAUCUAUACCAAUAUAACCCCAAUGCUCUACCCUAUGAUCUAUAGCUUGAGGAACAAGGAAGUCAAAGGUGCCCUCAGGAGACUCCUGGUGAGCCACAACUGA